AGAUGAAGACGUCAUCCAACUACGAUCGGAUGCACACUGAUGACGUCCUCUUUGUGAGGCUGUUGUUUACAUCUGUCAUGGCGUCGGUGGAUUUCAAAGACAACCUCCUUGGGAUUUCCUGGGUGGACAGCGGCUGGGUGCCGAUUCUCAACCCUGGAAAUGUUCUGGACUACUUCUCUGAGAGGAGUAACCCCUUCUACGACCGCACCUGUAACAACGAGGUGGUGAAGAUGCAGCGGCUCACUCUGGAACAUCUGAACCAGAUGGUGGGAGUGGAGUACAUUCUUCUUCACGCUCAGGAGCCAAUCCUUUAUAUAAUCCGGAAACAGCAGAGGCAGUCACCAACACAAGACAUUCCCUUGGCUGACUACUACAUCAUAGCAGGAGUGGUGUAUCAGGCCCCCGACCUGGGAACAGUUAUCAGCUCCAGAGCGCUCUCUGCUGUCCAUGGAAUCCAGUCUGCUUUUGAUGAGGCCAUGUCGUACUGCCGCUAUCACCCAUCCAAGGGAUACUGGUGGCACUUCAAGGAUCAGGAGGAGAGAGAGAAAAAUAAACCCAAGACUAAGAAGAAGGAGGAAGCGAGCUCGCUGUUCCAGAGGCAUCGUGUGGACACGUUGCUGCUGGACCUCAGGUCAAAGUUUCCACCCACGUUCUACCAGCCUAAGCCUGGGGAGAAGCCCAUUCCAGUUGAGGUGAAGAAGGAGCCUGAACCCCCGGCAGAGGCUGUUAAACAAGAAGAGAGGGAACCGGCCACCAAGUCCUCGGCCCCCGCCCCACCCAGCAAACCCCCCCCAGAGAAGAGAGCCAGGCUGCAGUGAGGAGAUGCUCGUAUCACUCUGGGAAUAUACAGAAAGGAAAGUUGUACAGCACUAACUGAAACCACAGCUCAGGAGCAUUUUUGUUUCCUCUCCAUAUGUGCAAGAUCCUCUACUCAUUUGAUCAGUUUGGGCUCAGAAUGAACCGGUGUAGGUACCAGAUGUGUUCGGCCUCCCAGAUCUGUUCGGGGUCCGUUACGCUUACCAAUGACGUCACGCAUUGGCCGUACGGCAACCCAAGAAUAUUAAAAACUAACAAUCGACAGUGAAUGUAUGUUAGUGGAACUGUGUCUUAUGCUCUUACGUUGAGUCUGGAGUUUCAAUAAAUUCGAAAUCAUCAGUAAAGUCUAAGACCAUAUUUCCGAGGGAUAUGCUACAUAUUAACUUUCUAUUUUAUGCAUUUCAGUUCUUCAUUAACAUUCCUUAAUUAACACUUCACUUUCCUGACACAGUUCCACUAACAUACAUUCACUGUCGAUUGUUAUUUUUUAAUAUUCUUUGCGGAAUUCGGCCGUGUAAAAUGUCCUCUUGGGUUACUGUACAGCCAAUGUGUGACGUCAUUGAUAAGCUUAGCGGACCCCGAACAGAUCUGGUAGGCCGAACACAUCUGGUACCUACACCGGAACAAAAGGCAGCUUCUCUCAGUGCCAGAACUACGUUAACUCUGUAACACGAGUCCUGUGCAUGUGAUGAGUGUUGAGCUGUGCUACUAACGGGUUGAGUGCCUGAUGUCAGCAGGCAUUUAGCAGAAUUCACUAAGGAUGAGGUUUUCUUGCUGAUAAGCUGACCUCAGCAUCAGUGUUGGUUUACUGACACAGGGUGAUGUGUCAGAACGCAUCAUGUUAUCUGACUCGUCACCUCUCUUUGAUUUCAGACACUUUCAUCAGUUUUUUGUAAGGAAUACUUUUGUAUUAAAAUAUAUCACUUACUGUUU